CAACUUUUUUAAACUUGCGUUUAAAAUUUUUCAGUCACCGAGGUAAAUUUUAGAAGUAAAUAAGUGUUAAAGACUAUUGAGAUAUAAUCUUAGAUACAUCAACAAGCAGACAUAUCUAGAACAAUGCACUUUCAAUAUUAUUUUCUUUUGUGCACUUUUGCUUUCACUGAUUUGACGAAAUUUGUACAUUUGUCACCCAUAGUCAAGCGUCAAGCACCUUCGUUCCAUCCAACACAAGUCGGCACCGUGAAAUCAGAUAAGAUUACUGAAGCAUCGGGACUGGCAGCAAGCCGCAAACACCCGGGCUUUUUAUACACUCAUAACGACCAUGGUGGUCACGCGGAAAUCUACGUCAUCAGUGCAUCAUCGGGACAUCGUGAGGCGACGAUCGAGCUAUCUGGUGUGACCUCGAAUGACUGGGAGGAUAUAGCUAUUGGGCGAUGCCAUGCUGGUCCAAGUGACUUCUGUAUUUAUAUAGGCGACUUUGGUGACGGUGGAAAAGGAGCAUUGAAUAAUAUUUACAGAAUUGCAGAACCGGACGCUUUUCAAAAUCACAUGCACAUUCUUGUCAGUUCCAUUGAUAAACUAGAGUUCUCAUGGAAUCAAAAAGAUUGUGAAACUUUGAUGAUAGACCCAAAUGCAAACCUUUACAUUAUAUCUAAAGUACAUAAUGCCCACGGAACUAUUGCAGCAUUACCAAACCAUGCUUGGGGUACAGGUUCUAGAGUGGAUGUCAGUUCAACGGCAAUAUUAAACAUUGAAUCACCAACAUUUGACCCAGUGGGAGGUGAUAUUUCGUUUGACGGGAAUGAAGUACUUAUAAAGGCCCACCACGCUGUAUUUUAUUGGAACAUGGGAGGAAGCAAUGACUAUUUAGCCACUCUGCAGACACCAGGAACAAAAGUUACAUACAUAGAUGAACCACAAGGGGAGUCUGUAUGUUGGGAUGCCUCAGGGCUCGGGUAUUAUACCCUUAGCGAGGGUAACAACGAGCACCUGUACCACUAUAUCAGAACUUGAUUCUUUGAGACUUUGUUUGUUAUUUAUUUAUUUCAAAGCUUAUUUUGUUGUUAUGUUUUACUGUACAUGGAAAUGUUUAAUUAAAAUGUAAUUAUUACUUUA